GGAGAAAAGGAGAGGGUGUGGAGGAGAAGUAGGAGGAGGAAGAGGAGGAGGUAUGGGAGGCCGAGAGAAGCCUGGAGAGGCGGCGAUGGGGCGCGGAUUGAGCUGUGUGACCGGCUCCACAAAAGAUAUGCAGAGGGUUCAGGACUACGUUAGUUAUGUAAAAUCCGAUGCGUUCCUUCGUCCUUUCCAACCCCAUGGAUUGGAUCCCUACUCCGUGGAGCGUCCGAUUCGAAACUUGUUCAAGUUUCGUUCGACGUCGGUGAAGAUGGUCGUUUAUUCCGUCGACUUUUACUCGUUGAUGUCUUUGCAUGUGGUGCUUCUUGCGAUCUUUCGUGCCCAAGGGAGGUGCUUGGAUUCUAACGGCGAGGUCUUGCGUCUUGGCAAUGGCUUACCCAAGACCACGUGGCCUCGUAUCUCCAACGAGAUGUUCCUUAUCUUGGCCCCUCUCCUUGUCUUCGUCCUCGUCUUCUACAAUAACCAGGCGUAUAAUCGGUACAUCGAGCAAUUCUUCAUGGCCCGUCAGAUCGAGAGCAGGGUUAGAUUCUUGACCAGUCGAUUGCGCGCGUUCUUCCGUAGGGAUCCCUUCCCUGGAGCCGACCAUUCGAUGCGGGCCAUCCUACGAACGCUGGUCGUCGCGCAUUACUGUCUCUACUUCCGUCUUCCAAGGUACAGUCAGCAGAAGAUUGACAAAUGGGGACUAGAGUACCUGACGAAGUGCAAUCUCAUCACAGAGAAGGAGAGGUUGAUGCUGCAGUCCAAGACAGGACCGGAGAUCAUGGGCGAAGCUCUCGCCUUCAGCACGGAGAUGUUGGGCCAACACGUUCGACGAGGCGACAUCGACACCGUAACUUACGGCCUCUUCGAGGAGGACAUCCAUCGGCUCUCCUACUUCGUGAUGGUCAUCACGUCCUACGCAAGCAACCCUGUGCCUUUCGCCUACUACCACUUGGCCAAUUUGCUCACCCUUGGCGAGCUGGUGCUGAUAGGCUACUCGUUCAUCUUCUACGACAGCUUCUUCACCAUCGUCGUUUACGCAUUACUCUGCACGGCUAUCUUAGGACUGCGGGACUUGAGCUGCGCCCUUGCGGAUCCAUUUGGCGUUGACGACACCGAUUUUCCAACCAUCCUGCCGACGGCAAAAGCGCACGCGGCCAACGAGGCAAUGCUCGAUCGGGACAGCAUUUUCGGGCCGGCGGUCAUCCAGGACACGGAAAGCAAGAGCGCGUCGGGGAACGUGGAGGACGAUGGAGACGAAGAUUCGUCAUUGAGAGAGAGGAGAGGGGGAGGGGGAGGGAGAGGGAGAGAUGCAUCACAGGAGGGGGCUCAGGAGCAAGACUCCCCACGCGAGCAUCGUGAUGAUGAGCUAUUGCACGAGGAGAGUCGGCCGAGGGCAAAACCGCUGGCAUUCGACGGCGUGGAACGGGAUCAUCAAAGUCAGCGCCGGGAUCCCUCCCUUCUUCGGCAGCAGGCUCGCGAGCCUUCUGAUUUGACCCCUCCUUUGCCCUCUCUCUCUCCUCCUUUUCCUCCUCCAUACCCACUUUCUAUUCCCUCCGGUUCCGAAGGAGCGACCACCAUCACUAUUGAUUAGCUGGUCGCUGCUCCUUUUUUUCAUCCCUUGAUCUGAGACCGGUCGCUGCUGCUUUUUCGUU